AUGUUCAAGUACAUAGUAAUUAGGAGGCAGUAUGUAUACAUAUUUAUAGUAACCUUUAAUCAUAACAUAGUAUCAUGUUACAAGAGUAUGUUCCAAGGUCCUGAGCCUGCCCCAUUGGACUGGACUAUAGUUCGUGGCCCCGAAGGCAGAUUUGCCCGUGGCGGCCCUAGUUCUUCCGCCGCAUCUGAGCGUGCAGGAGGAAGUUUUGUCGAUAAUGAUCCGCCACGGGGCAGGCCCUCACAGUCGCAUGCCUUGGAUACCCAGACCACAGCGUACUACAUGGCUGUCAUCGGCUCUACCUUGUUGGCGGAUAAGACCAGGACUGGCAUGCGACCUCACCCGAUAGUUGUCGUCAACGACGAUGAACAGGACGUAGCUUGGGGUGCGGUGACUUUGGCGUUCUUGUACAGGCAGCUCGGAAUGGCAUCUAGGGCUGGUUGCAAGACCAUUGCUGGAUGCCUCACAUUGCUCCAGACAUGGAUCUAUGAGUACUUCCCUGCUUUCCGCCCUCAUCCUCGCCGAGAUGAUGUGCCAAACACGACUAGGGCGGAGAUGUGGACGCCGAAGAAAGUAGGUCGUGAGCUGGACAGGUUGAUAUCAUUCCGCAAGGUUCUGGACUCAAUGACAGAGACUCAGGUUGAAUGGACUCCCUACAAUUGUGGAGCUGCUGCGUUGCUGAAUGAGCACCCACGCACCACAGUCAUCGGGGGUAUCACCUGCUUUGAUGUUGUGGAGGUGUAUUUGCCGGAGCGGGCAUUGCGACAGAUUGGGUUCGUGCAGUCUAUUCCUCCAGCUCCUAUGAGACCAGCCAAGGCUCUUCGACCGGCACACGGAACCUACUCCGUGACCUUUCCUUCUUCUGCUGCUGCAUUUGUGGAGGCGUGGAGUAGGUUCCCCUACAGUGGCCGCCUUGUUGAGCAGGGACUUCGACGGGCUAAUGUUCCUUCAGAGACUGAACCUAAUUACGUUGAAUGGUUCAGAGUUUGCUCGCACCCGUACAUAUCCCGAGACGAAUUGCUGGCUUCCGGUCCUGGUCCUGGUCAGAGCAGAUGUGAUUACUUCGCGAAAGAAUGGGCCAGUCGAUUCUGUCCAGUGGCAAGACUACCUACGCGGCUUGCGGAUUUGAACUCCCGUCAACGACAUGCGUUAGAAAUAUACCUUAAUGAUUGUAGAGAAUUAUAUGAUCAAUGGCAAACUGAUCAAGGGCAAGGCCCUGAAUAG